AUGGACGUGCGUGGUCGUGGCCUUCUCCCUGAACAGUGUGCGAUGGCCAGUCUAGCGCACGAACAAGCUUCCACGUUCACGGAGCUGGCCAGAUCACUUCGCUCCAGCGCUGCAGAGUCGAAUGCAUUGGUACACAAAUUGAAAGAGGCGGCAGAGCAGGGUGACUUGGAUCAUCCAGACGGCCUUUCUUUGCUCACCGUCAAGGUAGAUGCCUUGCUCUCAUAUAUUCACCAUGUGGCACUGCUAGGUGCCCAUAGGCUAAGUGGGCGUUCUUUGGAAGAUAGUACAGGAGAGAACUAUGUCAAGGCACUUGUAAAGCUUCGCUUGUGCUUAGAAAAGAUGCGGCCUAUGGAAGCUCGAUUGAAGUAUCAGAUGGAAAAACUGCUGCAAUCGGUAGUGGCAGAGCAACAAGCUCUUGCGAAAGGCGAGGCAAACGCGGAAGGUGGUCGUGACGACGAAGAGGACGAGGAAGAGCUGGAUUCUCUGGCUUUCCGUCCCAACCCUGAUAGCCUUGUGCCUUCGUCGGGGCGCCGCCCAGCCGUCUCGAGCGGUGCUGGCACAGCGGCAGCGGAUGGCGAUGAAGAAGAGUCGGGUGUGUACCGCCCACCCAAGUUGGCGCCUGUGAUGUACGAUCCCGAUGCGCGAGUGUCACGGAAUGCGAGGAACAAGGAUCGACAGCCGUCCCGAAAUGCCGCGUUACUGGCCGACUUGUCAGCCGGCAUGUCGUCCAACCCCUACGAGACGUCGGUGGGCGGCGUUGGCGGCGGUGCUGCGCUGGGGUCGUCUGGUUCGUCGCGUGCGCGUGCCUUGCGUCGCAUGCAAGAGUUCGAAGAAGACAACUACAAGCGUCUAUCGCUUAGCAAGAAAGAUGCCAAGCGUCGACGUCGUGACGAGCAGGAUGUGGCGCUCGGUGGUUUGGGUCUAUCAUCCAGUGGUAACCGCUUGGGUGGCGGUGUGGAAGAAGAAUUUGGCGAUUUGCUUCGUGGUGCUGAACGCGAUGCACGUCGCCGGGCUCGUGGUGAUGAUCGUGAUGCGUACCAAGCGCUGCAAAAACGUGCCAAGUUGCCUUCGACAAUGGCACGCGCUAAGCAACAUACAGAGGCCAGUGGCCAGGAGCUGGCGACAGGCCGCGCCUCGACACACAAGUUCAAGAAGGCAAUGCGCAAUCAUAAACGUAAGAAUCGUGCAUAG